ACUAUAUUUUUGGCAUGCGUUAAUUUGGUCAUGAACGUUUUGAACGCCGUUCUUUUUUUUAUAAUUCCACGACCUGUGAUCGCAGAUACCCAAGCAAAUCGAGCAAGAAAUUUACGAUUAACUACGCAAUUCAUUCAAAAUUUCGAAGAAAAAUAUGGUACAGUACAUCCGGACUUCUUCCAUGGAAGCUACUCUCAGGCGUUGGAUACGGCAAAAAGAGAUUUCCGCUUCUUCAUGGUUAUAUUGGAGUCAGGUGAACACGACGAUAAUGCCAAAUUCAACCGAGAAACUUUAACAUCCGUUAAUUUAUUAAUGUUCCUUCAAGAGCAUGAAGUUUUGGUAUGGGUAGGAGAUGUCAAAGAUCCGGAAGCUUUUCAAG